UAACCAUACAAAAAGUGUAAAACAACAUGUGAGGUCGCCCUUAACCGUUUACCCAACGUUCCCUUUCCGUGUUUCUCUUACUUGCGAAGGGGCCAUGGUGCUCAAUGACAGAUCCACCAGAAACAUUACGCGCGGCCACCAAUGCUAUAAGCACGUGGGAUUAACACUUCCAUCCCAUUCGGAUCCGAUUCCGUCUCCUUCCCCGUAGCACAGUAAACUUUCUGAAAUCAUCCUUAAUCGAAAUAACACUCUCCGAAAAAUCUCAAAUCUUUAGAAAAAUUUAAAUUUUUCCAGAAACGGUAGUAAGUUUAAUUAAUUCCUGCACUAACCUAGAUUAACACCUUUGCAAUUUGCUAUUUGCAAUUUAUCCAAAACAAAUCCCUUGACGUCGGCGAUGUUGAUAUCAUGCGGAUCCACUGCCAACAUCGGGUUCUUUCGCGUUUGCAGUCUGAAAAUGAAAGCAUGCUGUAAAUAAUUGUACAGACCACGGAAGUUGACUGCACAAUGGAAUGAUGAUAGACUAUUCCGAGUAGGAUGCCAUAAAUAAAAAUUCAAACAUUUGUUUUCAGCUUCUGCCCCAACUCGGGACUAAAUUCACCGUUCGGGACAUUGCACUGCCAUACAAAAUCAACCGUCACAAGUGCACUAAAAUUUCCUCGCUCAAUUCGAGCGACCUGUUCAUGGGGAUAGCUGGCGCUGUCGAAAAGGGCUGCGGCAUCGACUCCACAGGAACGGGUGACUCUAUCUGGACGAAAGCCUUCGCACUACGAUACAAAACGGCGAAACCUUUCAUACACUCCGGGAGGCAGCCUGCACAGUUGCGGCAUGGUUGCGGAAUACUUAUGGAUUUCAUUCCUUUUUCAGUCACUCACUUUCUGUAAGUACGAAUGCCUUAGAAGUUUUACUUGUUUACGGAAUAAGCUUGUUUUAUGUUGGUCAUACAAUUCAUACUCACAAAAUAAUACUGUACAUACUCCCAAAAAUUGCUUCGAUUACGUUCUGCCAUUCUUGGAAAAUGUCAUUUAAAAAAGAAACCCAAUGCUAUGCAAUUAUUGGCGGAGGUGGAUACGUUGGAUGGAACAUUGCUCAAAGUCUGGUUUCAAGCGAUCCAAGGUGUCUUGUUGUGGCAGUCGACAUAAAUUUCUCCCAACAUCAGGACUGCACGAUUAGUGGUCAAAUUAAAUUUAUAAAGAUUGACGUUCGAAACGCUGGCGAGCUGGAAAAAUGUUUAAUAUUCUGGAAGCCGGACACGGUUUUCCACGUUGCAUCAUACGGAAUGUCCGGAAAGGAGAUGUUAAAUAAACGUCUGAUAGAAGAAGUCAAUGUUGGAGGAAUCAAAAAUGUCCUUGCUGCCAUCGUAAAAGCAAACGUUGGAAGCUUGGUAUAUACUUCAACCUAUAACACAGUAUUCGGUGGACAAGAAAUUAUCAACGGGGACGAAGCAACACAGCCGUUUUUGCCCUUGCACCUGCAUCCGGAUCAUUAUGCAUUGACCAAGUCAGUUAGCGAACAGCUAGUGCUUAUGGCCGACCGGAAGUUGUGUCGCGAUGGCCAGACAAUACUACGCACUUGCUGUCUUCGGUUGGCAGGAAUUUAUGGACCAGGAGAAGAGCGGCAUUUACCGCGAAUUGUCGACUAUUUGGAAAGGGGGUGGAUCAAAUUUCUUUACGGAGAAGCGAUAGUGGAUUUCGUUCACAUCGAUAAUGUGGUCCAGGCGCAUACCAAAGCAGCGGAAGCACUGAAGACGGAUACGGAAUUUGUUGCUAUUUUUCAGGGUGGAAAUAGUUACUUUAUCAGCGAUGGACAACCGAUCAGUAACUUCCAGUUUUUUCGACCUUUGAUCGAAGGGCUUGGAUAUUCGUUUCCGUCCGUGCGAUUGCCUUUGGGAAUAAUUUUUGCCUUUGCUCGUAUUUCGGAAUGUGUCUCCGGGUUCUGGUUUUUUACUCAGCACCGCCUUGACCAAUAUUUGCCCUUGCUGACGCGCACAGAGGUGUUCAAGACGGGUGUGACCCAUUUCUUUAGCAUCGAGCGAGCGCGGAAGGAUUUAGGCUACGAACCAAGAACACCUCCAAACGAUUUAACGGAGACUGUUAACAAAUUUCUGUUAGCAGGUAGACAGAAAAAACGUUUUUCCACGCACGCCUCCUUGAUUCACUUUUUUGUGAUAUUUAUUUUAGGCUUAAUAGUUAUUUUAUUUUUUAAUUUUGUACUCGUACAGUAGUCUGAAUUCUGACGAUGAUUCUGUAACUACCACUCUAGUGUUAAAGACAUCAACUUA